GGCUUCCCGUGUUCGUUGUGUGUUUGUGUGUAUCACCGCCCGAGUGUCGAUGUUAGCGUUGUCAACAGAUUACGAAACUAAUAUUAGAUAAAUAACAAUACAGAUUUCGCGUGUCCAUCGACUAAUAUAGGUGUUAUCUGUACUAAUAUCUUAUUAUUACGUAUUAUUUAGUUUUCCGUUAAGUCGAUUUCGUGUCCGAACGCGCAGACCGCAGAAUUAUUUAUUUAUAGUUUUUUUUUUUUUUUUUAAAUCAUAUUUCGGGUGAUCGAUUGUGGAGUUGGAUUGAAAAACGAUUAUUAACAACAACAAUACAACGAAAUAAUUAUCCGGGAACAUGCGGUGAACGUUGUCGACCGAAAACAACUCGGGCUUGUGCGUUUUUUUUUUUUUAAUUUUCAUUAGUAUCUCAUUUGUUUUCGUGCGUUUUCAUAUGGUUUACAUCUAGAGAAGACAUACAACGGAAACGACAACCAUGAGGAUUCCGCUGUGCGCUUUUCUCGUCUACUUAUCAGUAUGGUCAUGUUAUGGUCAGGAAGGGAUGACCGACACACGAGAGGGCGAAGACAUCUCGUUAAAAUGCCGGUUUAAUGGUCAGCUGCCGUCUACUGUAGCAGAAACUCAAUAUUAUUGGCUUAGGACAAAUAAACAUAAUCAAGAUAACGUAGCCAUCAAAGCUACUCCACUGGAAGGCAACUACAAACUUGAUUUCCGUCCAGAAUUGGGAAUUUAUGACCUGUUAAUAUCAAACUCUACAUACGAAAGGGAUAACGGAAAAUUCGAGUGUCGACUAAAAGCAGCCGGUACCGGUCGUGAAAUUCAUUCGCAGAGUUUUCAAAUUACAGUCUUAACACCACCGAGUCCACCGAGGAUCUUGCCAGGUCCGAAUCCCGUAGCUACCGAAGGACGUCCCCUAGAGCUGUCCUGUACGAGUUCCGGCGGUAGUCCCGACCCUGUUAUUCGAUGGUAUCGCGAAGGCGUUCAAGACCCAAUCGAAUCCGUGACUCGGAUCGCCAACAGUAAUAAGGAAACGACGACGUCCGCUGUUGUACAAGUAACUCCUAAUCGUGAGGACGAUGGCGCUGUUUACAGAUGUGUAGUUUGGAACAGGGCUAUGGCCGAAAGCGUAAAAUUGGAAACCAGAACUACACUGAGCGUAAACUAUUAUCCACGAGUUCAGAUUGGCCCAGAAAAUCCUCUGCGUGUCGAGAGAGACGAUUCAAUUACGUUGCAGUGCAACGUAGAUGCCAAACCUCGUGUAAACAACGUCAGGUGGAUGCGCGACGACCGUUUUAUAGCUACCUCGUUCACUCACGUCAUCCAAAAAGUCACCCCCCAAGAUGCUGGUACUUAUACGUGCAUGGCCGACAACGGUUUAGGACAAACCCGUGAAGCUGAACUCGUGUUGGAUGUUCAAUAUCCUCCACAAGUGACCGUCGAGACCGGACCCGGCAUGGCUAGACAACGCGAAGCCGAAGAAGGAGAGAGCAUCACCAUUCAAUGCAACGUGUCAGCCAACCCUCCGCCCGUUUCCGUCGAAUGGAUCCGCGAAGGACGUCCCGACUUCCGGCAAUCUGGAGAAGUUCUUCGCAUACCCAAAGUCACCGCAGACGCAGGAGGCGUCUACACUUGUAGAGCUGUCAACAUACUUUACCCAUCUUCUCUGACUCGCCAAAGAGUCAACCGCAUUGGAAACGCAUCCGUAACUCUGCUCGUCCGUCAUCGACCAGGAUUGUCGAGGAUCACGCCAGAAAGACCGGUGGCCACCGAAGGUACAGGAGUAACGCUUACUUGUUCAGCAUCGCCUCCCGGCUGGCCGACGCCUCAGUACAAGUGGUGGAGAGAAUUCGACUCGGCCAACCCGUCCACCAGCGCAACGAUUUUAGCCACCGGUCAAAAGUAUACCAUCCAAUCCGUACAUCUAGGCAGUGAAGGUCGCUAUAGAUGUCAAGCAUCGAAUGAAAUGGGAACCGGAGAAGCGGCAUCUGUCCAAUUGACCGUACAUCACGCACCGAAAUUCGUUACCAAAUUACAACCACACGUCACCAGACGCGCUACUGACAUUGGAUUUUCAGCAAUCUGCGCCGUUCAAGGCAAGCCAAAACCGGCGGUAACAUGGUUUAAAGACGGUAAAGAGGUUUCGCGCGAUUGGUUUGAUGUGAGCACAGACGAAACGGAAAACCAUAAUGGAGUAACCACCGUGCACAGUACUCUUAAGUUUCACGGUAAGGAAAGGCCCCGAGGAAACCAGCUCGUACCAUCUGACCGCGGUGUAUACUCUUGUGCUUUCGAGAACGACGUCAAGAAGGUCGAGUCCAGCAUGCUUCUCAGAAUUGAACACGAACCUAUCGUGUUGCAUCAAUUUAACAAAGUGGCCAGCGAUUUGUACGAAACGGCUGAGGUCAUAUGUAGGGUUCAGGCGUAUCCUAGACCGGAGUUCCAAUGGAGCUAUAACAAUCACUUAGCUCCGCUUUUAGCCGGCAGCGAUGGUCAUUAUGAGAUCAAUACGACCAUCAACGAGAGCGGCGGUGACAUCUACACAAGCGUUCUGCAAGUGUCCAAUCUUCGGGAAACCGACUACGGGGAUUACAGUUGUCGUGUAGCCAACACUCUAGGAAGCGUACGACCCACGAUAAGACUUCAACCCAAAGGACCGCCAGAUCACCCGGAAAACGUGACAGCUGUGGAUGUCGGCCACAAUAGUGUCGUUUUGCAGUGGAACAGUGGGUUUAACGGCGGCGUAGCUAGUACCAAACACUUUGUCAGCUACAAAAAGGUGGCUGCGGACGAAAACGAAGUCGACAGCGAUUGUUACACGGCCAAGAAGUCCAAUCAGCCAGAGAAAUGGCAGGAAUUCGACUGUCAAACAAAAAAUCCUUGCAACGUUACCAACUUGGAACAGCAUCAGAGCUACUUAUUCAAGGUAAAAGCGUACAACACGAAGGGACAUAGUGAAUAUUCACAGGAGGCAAUUUUCAUGACCAAAGUGGACCGUAUACCAGCGCCACAACGUGUAACAUUCGACCCCGAAUCCCAUGCGUUAACCAUCAACAUAGGAGCAACUUGCCUACAACUUGUGGGAGUCGUUGAAGCAAUCAUAGGUGGAACUGGGAAUGGUGCUAGAGAGGAUUGGCAUUUAAUUGAAACUCUUCCUUUAGCCGUCAGUGGCAGCACGUCGACACACAGAGAAGCUACCAUAAUAUCACUUGUUUCGAGACGCCAAAGUACAGGCGCUCGUUCAUUAGAUGACGACGACUUAAAUUUGAUUGCUAACAAUGAAGAAGAAGACCCUAUUGACAAACCAGUAGAUGAUGUGCGCAUAAGAGUCAGAUUAUGUUUGCGGUCUAGUCAAACUACAUGUGGUGAUUACACAGAGGCAGAAAUUGGAGCUAAUUUUGUUAAGGAACAACAAGCCAUUGCCACUCCGACACUCAUUGCAUUGGUUGUAUCAUGUGUUGUAUUCAUACUGUUUAUAGCUUUACUUUUUGUCUUUUGUCGUUGCAAACGUAAGACAGCAAAGAAAAGUACUGGAAAAGACUACGAGAUGGAUUCUUCAACUGUUCACCCUAGUAUUAUACAUGGACCCCCACCUUACACUGAACCCGGACUUGAAAACAAAGCUUUACAACAGUCUGUAGAUUUAGUCCAUGAUGUCACAAAGAAUGCUGUGUAUGGAACUCAAAACGAUUAUAACACCUAUCACACGGGCAAUGAAUUACGUCCAAAUGGUGAAUGGGUAAAUGUUGGUUAUAUUGAAAAUAGCUAUUCUAACUCAAACAAUGGUGGAUCAGUUAAUUCACAGGAUUCCUUAUGGCAGCUGAAAAUGGGAGGCAAUGGUAGUACUGGAGGUACUCUCAUAUCUCGAGACGAUCCUUUACAAAUGGGCGAUCGAAUAAAUCACUAUGGUGGCUAUGAUCCCUUAACUCAUGGUGGCUAUGGUAAUAUGGAUGAUUAUGUUCAUUACCCUCAACUGACAUCUGCUAGUCCCGAUUAUAGCACACAUAGUCACGCUCCGUCAAGACAAGAUUACAUUCACAGCGGUCAUCUACAACCUGUUGAUAAGACUCGUAGGCGGGAACCACAUCUUGAAUCACCUUAUGGCGAUGUGAGUGGACUACCCGAUCCUUAUCUUGAACAGCUGAUUGAAAAUGAAGAACACAUGAAAACUCAACCCCACCCCCACCCACAUUUAUCCAUGUCAUACGACGAAAGCCUCGAAUCUGGUUAUUCAACGCCAAACUCACGGACAAGACGGAUUAUUAGAGAGAUCAUUGUAUAAAUAUGUCUCUGUUUUCCUACAUGUAUAGUGUUUAUUUUUAAUUUUUGACAUUGUUCUUGUAAAUAAUCAAACGUUAUUGUGUUGUUAUGGCGUCAUCAGAUCUCAACAUUUUAUUUGUGCUCAACAUCCACAGUUUUAUAAUAUUAUGAAGUUUGUUUACAUCAUAGUUUGCAUCAUGUAAUUUUUUCCCAUUUCCACUACACUGCCUAUGUGUUCUUUAUAAAUAUGUGUGAUUUUUUUUUUUAAUUUAGAAACAUCCUAUACUGAAGUGUUUUGUUCGAUAACUUAACACAAUAAUUUUCAUUAUAGUCUUGUUAUAAUGUUUUGAUAACAAUUUUAAAUUGUUUAGUCAAGCGUUUAAUACAAUUUCUUUUAAAGUAAUAUUAUUGUAUCAUUUUUCAGUUGUAAUUAUAAAUUACGUAAAUAACUGUAAAUGAAGUUCUACUUCGCAUCCGCCACUUAUGAUACUA